AUGCGGCCCGCCCUGCUCGCGCUCCUCCUGCUUCCCUCCUGCCUCCCCGGGGCGCGGGGCGGCCUCCGCGAGGACCUGGGCCUGCUGAGGACCCAGCUUGCGCUCCGCCUCUACCGGGACGCGGCGGCGGCGCCCGGCAAUGGAACCAACGUGGUCAUUUCCCCGGCCGGCGUGUCCCUGGCUCUGGAGAUCCUGCAGUUCGCGGCCCAGGGGGACACUGCGCGGCAGCUGGUGCAGGCGCUGGGCUACUCGCUCCACGCCCCGCAGGUGAGCGCGUCCAUCCGCAGCGCCUACGCCGCCCUGCGCAGCCCUGGCCGCGGCCCGCGGGUGGAGUUGGCCUGCACCGUGUUCGUGCAUCCGGGCGUGGCCAUGUCGCCCUGCUUCGUGGAGCGCGUGUCGCGCUGGGCCAACAGCAGCCUGCAGCCAGCGCCGCCCCGGGAGCCCCGCGGCCCACCCACGAGCUCAGGUGAGCAGCGGGGGGGGGGGGGGGGCAGGGGUGGCGGCCCCGCAGGCCCCGAGUCGGGGCGGGCCGAGGCGGCGUGGGCGCGGCUGGCGCUGCUGAGCACCAUGUCCUUCCGGAGCGCCUGGCGCCGCGGGUUCGCUCCCGCCGACACCCAGCCGCUGCCCUUCGCAGGCGCGCGGGGCCUGGCGCUGCAGGUGCCCACGAUGCACCAGACGGCCGAGGUCAACUACGGCCAGUUCCAGGGCCCCGCGGGCCAUCAGGUGCAGGUGCUGGAGCUGCCCUACCUGGGAAGUACCGCGAGUCUGCUUGUGGUGCGGCCGCGCGACAAGGACACCCCGCUGAGCCACAUCGAGCCCCACCUCACAGCCAGCGUCCUGCACACCUGGAUGUCCAGCCUCACGAGAGCCAGAAUGGACGUGUUCCUGCCCAGAUUCAGGAUCGAAAAUCACUUCAAUUUGAAACCCAUUUUAAAUUCUUGGGGAAUCACCGAUCUUUUUGAUCCACUCAAAGCCAACUUGAAAGGGAUUUCAGGCCAAGAUGGUUUUUACGUCUCUGAAGCAAUUCAUAAAGCCAAGAUGGAGGUUUCAGAGGAAGGCACCAAGGCAUCUACAGCCACAGCUCUGCUGUUACUGAAAAGGUCUCGGAUUCCUGUUUUUAAGGCGGAUCGGCCAUUCUUCUUUCUCCUGAGAGAACCCGACACAGGUAACGACCGACCGUAUGCUUUUGACAGAAUUCAGCUGCUUAAGUAGGGAUCCGCGGCUCUCUAGCAACCAGCGCCCGCUUGCCCGCUGGGCCUACACCAAGCAUUCCUCCGGCUAGUUGCUAUGGUGCUUUCAAAGCUUCUUGUCGCCUGUCCUGAGAAAGGGGAGCGUUCCGCAACUACGGACACGGAUAUCCUCCGUGUUGUCUGACUUCUC